AUGAAGGUGUUCAAAACUGAUCCCUCAAUAGGACUAUCAAUUCAGCAAUUUGUAUUCAACACAGAAAUUUACAGCCGGUACAUAAAAGUUGUCCCACUUGAAUACACAGAUGCAUGUUUAAAGCUAGAAAUAAUUGGCUGUCCAAAACAAGCAAGACGUGAUUUGUGGUGCAAAAAUUACAAUUACGAUUUCGGAUUUGAGGUUCUACCAUACCAUGCGUUUUGGAUGAACGUAGAUCAUGAUGUUAUCCGCAUGAUAAAAAAAGAUGUCGAUAUUCAGCAAUGUAUUGGACACUGUCAAAAUAUUACAUGCCUUUCCUUUUCAUUUGAUUAUCACGAAAAAAAAUGCGUUUUGCAUAUGGGUCAUAAAUACACACGGCAGUUUCGAAAGUGGUGGGUAGAUAAAGUCGAUAUCGGUAACAUCUAUUACCAAAGAUUGUGUUUUAAAGAAUUCUUAGAAGUUAACGAAUGUGGCUCAAAAAUGUUUCUGAAAAACGAAAACAAAACAACAAUUUUAUCCCCGAGUUUUCCAUUGAAUUAUGGUCAGGGAUUAAAUUGUGUUUGGUCUAUUCAGUCUGAAAUGUAUGUGGAGAUUGAAAUUGUCUAUAUCAAGCUACAAGAGAAAAUGUUAGUGAAUGAUGUUCAAAAGAUGGGUGUGUACGACAUUAAUCCAGGAGAUUGUGAAGACACCUUGAGUAUCAGAGACAAGAGUGGCUAUACAAAGAAUAUUCUUCCAUCGGAUCAGAAAUUGGGUGGAGUCAAACUAAUAUCGGUAUCAAAUGAAAUGACGAUACAGCUCUCCACUUGUUUUCAUUUUGAAAGAAAUAAUGCAAAAGCUUUUGAAUUGAAAGUAUCUAUGAUUGAUUUACCUGCAUGCGGCGGAAUAGAUAGUUGUUUCCAGACAUGUGAACAGCAAUCGGCUUACAUAUUUACCCCAGGGUUCCCAAUAGCUUACCAACCUGGAGACUCGUGUUUUUGGAAAAUAGAGGGCGCAUACGGUCAAUAUGUAACAUUUUACAUUAUAAAUCUAGAUGUUACUGAUGAUUCCUCAUGCGAAAAAUCCUUUAUUUCUGUUAAUGAUAUUGACCUUCAAGGACGUAGUAAAAGCUUAGGGAAGUUUUGUAAGGGCAUUCGGCCUUACAAUGUAUUGAUAUCAAGCUGGGAGAAACUCUAUAUUGAAUUUAAAGCUGCAACUGAUCUACAAGGAAAUGGUGGAUUUCUCGGAAAAUAUGCAUUUAAGUCCUUUAUACAGGAAACAUUUGAUUUAGGAAAUAGCAGUUGUGAAAAAAAUUGGUAUGGAUUUAAAAACAGUUGCUACGGGAUGCAGAGAAAGACGUCUGGGGUAACAUGGAUUGAAGCUGAGAGUGAAUGCGAGUUUCAAGGAGGACAUCUUGUCAGCAUAGCCGAUCAAUCAGAAAUGGAAUUUAUUCAUUACCUUGUCACCGUCCUUAGCAACGACCCAAAUGAAAAUCGUGCAUAUAUUGUUUUGCAAUACUCCCAUGUGAAUCUAUACUCAUAUAAUACCUUUUGA